AACAAGUUGAUAUGUUUGAAUAUUUAAUAUUAAAUGUGACAGUAGCAUGUGACUUACUAUUUAGUUGGAUUGAAAAUUCAGCAACCAACACUAGUAAAAUAACAGAGAAUAUUAUUAAAGAAGCAGUAGAUGAUAAAUUGGGUGUAAUGUUGGCAUUUGAUGGUUGA